AUUUAUUUUUAUUCUUAUGUAUACAAAUGGUUCCGCCAAGAAGGAAAGCUCGGCAUAUCAUCCAUGCCCGCUAGCUUAUGACGUAGUAACUUACCAUCUUCCAUCGCACCUUCCUUCAACUUGACAGUAACCUUUGAACUACCUGCCUGCCUUAGUUCUUGUCAUUCUUCUCCUUGUUCCAUAAUUUUCUUGGUCUUUUCAACUUCUCCGUGAAACUUAUCAACGAAGCUUUUUCUCUUGCAUCUCCAAGACUCUUCACGAUCGCCGCGUCCUUGCCAAUUGUAUAUCACCAAUCUGUCACUACCUUAAAAGACUGCUCCAAGCUUACCCGCGACCCGCCAUGUCUGGAAGAGACGACGCGGAGGAGCACCGUCGCUAUACAGCUCCAUAUAGCGCCAGACAUCCUAUUCCAACCAUCUCCAAAUAUCGAGAAGAGAGAGCUGCACGGCAAGAUGCCGCAGUUGGAAAACCUGACCCGUCAGAGGCUGCGGGCUCAAAUGAUUAUCAAUUUCAGCAAAAGUCUAGAGAAGAUGCUGGGCCCCACCUAGAGUCAGUCGAGGAUGACAAGGAUGAUAAUAGUAAAAAGGACGACAGUGAAGUGAAAGGCAAUGGGGAAGAAAUGACAGACACUUCACAAGUUGGUCCCCAAUCAUCGGAUCCUAAACAACGGAGGAAAGAAAUCAAGAAGAGCAAGAGAGAAAGAGCCGAGCGAGAAGUUACGGACCCCGUCACUCAUCUCCCUGUCACUAUACACGAUUUCACAGACGAAGCUCUUAAAGAGAUAGACACUAAUGAACCUCCCUUUGGCACAACACAACGCACAGCGACAGGGUCAGAAAACAAGAACAAGACACACGAGCAGCUUCGCGAUGAGCAUCGAGAUAUUCAACAAAGUCACGAUGCCAUGGGUGAGUUAUUUCCACCACCCGAUUUCGAUGCUCUGCGCCUUGAGCUUUCAUCCAUUAGCAAGCGUGGUGUCACAUUCGGGCUUGCUGGCGUGGCUACUAUCGUGGCCAGCGCAUUUUCUAUCGAAAGGCUCGUCCGAGAGGGUAUUCUCCAGGGAGGCAAAACUAAAUCCUCAUUAUUCGUUGGCGCUUCACUCUGGUUGAUCCUAACCGCAGCCACUGUGGGAGCUGUAUGGUUUCUUGUGGUAUCAGUUCGAGAAUGGAUGUCCAAAAAAGUCAACAAUAUUUUUGAAGAUGAGGUCUGGGAUGCUCAUCGACGAGGCGUUGUAAAGGCAUCUAAGAAGAACGAUACUGAGACCACGGUCUGGCUCAACUCUCUGAUCGGUUCUGUUUGGCCCCUGAUCAACCCCGAUCUAUUUGCCAGUCUUGCAGACACCCUGGAGGAUGUCAUGCAAGCUUCGCUUCCCAGGCUGAUUCGAAUGGUCAGUGUGGAGGAUAUCGGCCAGGGAAGUGAGUCUCUGCGGAUUCUUGGAAUAAGAUGGCUGCCUACUGGAGCCGCAGCUCGGGCAGUCGAUGAAGAAGGACAGCUCAUGACCAGGGAACAAAGUGAGAAUGAUACCGAGGAGAAGGACGGCGAGAAUAGUGACAGCAGUGCCACGAUCCAGGACGGAAUGGAGGCCGAAGAAGGAGACUUUAUCAACCUCGAGGUUGCAUUUGCCUACCGCACUCGAUCUUCGUCCAAGUCUCUCAAGGAGAGAACCAAAGAUAUGCAUCUAUACCUCGCAUUUUAUCUACCUGGAAACCUCAAAAUUCCUGUCUGGGUCGAUCUUCAAGGUAUGAUUGGUACCAUGCGCAUGCGCCUCCAGCUUACUCCAGAUCCUCCCUUCUUCUCUCUUUGCACACUCACCUUCCUUGGACAGCCAAAGGUUAAUCUGAGCUGCGUGCCCUUGAGUAAACAUGCCAUCAAUAUCAUGGACGUGCCAUUCAUCAGCAACUUCGUUCAGUCCGCCGUUGAUGCCGCCAUGGCUGAAUACGUUGCCCCCAAGAGCCUUACCCUGGACUUGAAGGACAUGCUUGCUGGUGAUGAUUUCAAGAAGGAUACCAACGCUGUUGGUGUUCUGGUCGUCAACAUCAAGCGCGGCUACGACUUCAAGAUGGGUGAUUCCGGUAUUCCACUUAUCAAAGAAGGAAGCUCAGACGGGUACGUCUCGGUCGGCUGGGCCAAAUUUGGUAAGGUGAUGUGGACUACACGAGUACUGGAGAACGAGAUGGAGCCUGUUUGGGAUGAAACCUGUUUUGUUCUCGUGACACCACAGGAGCUUAACAUCGACGAGCGACUUCGUGUUCAGCUGUGGGACUCCGAUAGGUUGACGGCGGACGACGACCUCGGCCGAAUUGAAGUUCCCAUCAAGGAACUGAUGAAGGACGAUAAGUCUAAUGGAAAAAUGUCACAUCGAGAAGAUGGCUUCAGGGCCCUGAAAUCAGGUGAUGGUAUGCCCGGAAAGCUGGAGUGGAGCGUUGGAUACUUCUCCAAGACCAGAAUCCAGCAGUGUCAGUUUGAGAAGCAGACUCAUGACCCUGAAAUCCGUACUAUGGAUCAGCUUAAGGAGAAGGUCAGAGAGUCAAGUGAGCGUAAGCUUCGCGAGACCAUGUUCAAGGAAGGCAAGAAGGAGCGAGACGCCAGCGAACUUGAGCAACAGACAGCUCAGGAGCUCAAGGCUGAGCAGGAUGCCAUGAUCAUCUCUGCGCCUCCGCCCGACGGCUACCCUAGUGGUCUAUUCAGCAUCCAAGUGCAUAACAUCACUGGUCUUGAGCUGGAGCGACUCAACAAGCGCAAGGCCGAAAACGACGCUGAGGCGACCGACGAAGAGGACUCAGGUGAUGGUCUGCCAAGUGCAUACUGUACUAUCAUCCUUAAUCACCGAAAGACAUUUAAGACAAGAACAAAACCUCAAAACUCGAAACCGUUCUACAACGCUGGCUGCGAGAGAUUCAUCCGCGACUGGCGUGAAGCAGAAGUCUUUGUCACGGUCCGUGAUGCUCGACUGAAGGAGGAUGACCCCUUGCUUGGCAUCAUCCACCUGCCUCUCGGAGAAGUAUUCCGUGAACGUUCGCAAGUCAUGGGAUUUUGGCCCCUGACAGGAGGCAUUGGCUAUGGACGAGUCCGUAUCUCAAUGGUCUUCCGAAGUGUUCAACUCCAAGCACCACGAAAUCUCCUAGGAUGGCAGUACGGCACAAUCGAGGUUCAGCCCACUGUCACCGUGGUAGACUGUCCCAAGGAACUUCGCUCAUCGAAGCUCAAGUUCCGGACCAGUAUCAGUAGUGCAAAGAUGUAUACUGAGGAUGGUGACGAUCAAGGAACAGUGACUUGGAAAUCGAAACGAGGUAGAUCGCUUGCUCUAGCGGUUGCUAAGAGAUACAGCAGUUGUAUGUCAAUCGCUUUCCGGGAGAAGGGAUUCUUUGGAGACGAUACGGCUGCAUUUGCUGUCCUUUGGCUUAAAGAUAUUGCCGACGAAGAAGAAACAGACUUGGAACUACCCAUUUGGAAAGGCGAUUUCCAGCGUGCUACAGCUUGCUGUUUAGAGGAGUGCGGUGAACGUUUGGGCACUAUCAAACUCAAGCUCACAUUCUGGUCCGGUUUGGGAAGUGCCCAUUCUCGAUGGGCGAGUCGAGACGAACAUCUUCAAAAUGUGGUUGAAGUGAUCGAAACUGCUCGCGACAAUCUUGAAGUCGGCCAACAGGAAAGGGAAGCUGGUAUUGUUGAGUCUGAUGAUUCUGAUGACGAGUGCUCCGGCCAGCGUGCCCGCCGUGCAGGCUCUAUAGGCAGCAACUCGGACUCCAGUUCCAGCUCCUCAGAUACAGAAGACGAAGACAGCCAGGUUUCCAGUGUCCCAGAUGGGAGCGCAGAUCACAAACAGGGUCCUAUAGACCAGCUCAGGGACUAUCGCCGUCGAGACAAACGCCUGCAUCGCCAACACCGGGGUCUAAUGCAAUGGAAGAUCCCGCGAACGGCCAAGUGGAUCAAGAAUAAGAUGUAUCGAGUUGGGGACAAAGCCUCCGGUGUCUUUGAGCACUCAUCUAAGCAGCCGGGAAUCGAGACCGAGGUCUAGAUCAAGCCACGAUCUUAGAGCGUGACAUGUCGAGAUGCCCGAGAAUCGUAUCACGUAUCAGGCAUCAAUCGAUUAUAUGGUCUGUCAAUUUCGUGCAUAAAUCUUGCGGCUUUCACGAUAACCAUUAAACAGUAAUCUCUUUGGCAUUAUUAAAAGUUUGAACAUAGCAAGCGAGGAGCAAUUGUAUGGGCCAUUUGGACUGAAUAUGUUUCUUAGUCCAGCUUCAGAUAAUUGAAAUAGUAAAUAUUAAGAGUCAAAAAAGGUAUCAUCGAUCCAUCCCAUCAUUCAUCCAUCGUUCCUGCUGUUUCGUACGUAACAAAAAACUUAACCCUUUCAACUAUUUAUCUUCCCAAUCCAUAAUCCAUAGAUGCAUAUUCUUGCCAAAGCAUGUACAGGCAAUCAGAAAGGUCCUCCCGUUUUUCUUUUUUGCCAGAAUGCUGGAACCCGUCCGUCUAUAGAUGAUAAAAGACAAAGCACGCAACAGUAGGAGCACAAAAUUCAGGGCAUCUUGGCCUGAGUGUGUUCUCCACUGAUUCUUCUGCUCGCUAAAUGUGAGCGGUAUCCCGUUCCAACGCCAUUGCCACCGUGUGUAAUGCAAUCAAUGCAUACAUGCUUUUGUUGCCAAUGCUGUAGCCGAAAGAAGAGUGUAAAAAUGAAUCCGCGCUUGUCGGACAAGUGGUUCUGUAUGUGAUUGUGGGUAUUGUUUCCCGCUGUGGGCGAGGGUAGAUCGGCGAUCGAGCAAUAAGAUGUUUCAAUAGUUUCGGUCGCGAUGAACCGAUUGGUUGUUGGUUCCGGAGCCCGGCCGAUAGUUUCAUUGGUUUAUCGACGUGUCGUCGACUGAUUCUCGCUCUUCAACUUGUUGACAUUCUCCUCGGUCAACGAAUCUCCGGUCUGUAGUUCGUGGUACGAGUUCCUCCGGUAGCUUGACGAUCCCCCUGCAGCGUCGAUGAGUUUUGUUUCUUGUAGCCUGUUAGACCAUUCAGUCUCUCCUUCUGGUCGUCGGACCUGCACUGCCAGCCCGGUAGAAUCAAAGGGUGACGGCUCGUUCUGGUAUCCAUUGGUGGUCAACGGCCGAGGUGUGAUGGGGCUGCCAUUGAUCUCCUCAGAUGUCUGCGGCAUGUCGUUGUCGUCAAUGCCAAUGUUCGGAAUAUCAGCAUUGUCGCAGUGCUCGCUCAUCUCUGAACAGUCUGAAGCAGUAGGGUCUGGUGUCGCCGAUGUCCGACGUCGGGAGUGACACCAUCGUAAAAGCAUCUUCUCCAAGAUAACACCCCGAACUGGCUUGGCGAGAUAAUCAUCCAUCCCAGCUUUGGUGCAUUUUUCACGAUCACCCUGGAUAGCCGAUGCCGUCAUGGCCACAAUCGGCACAUCUUGGACCAAAGGCUUGUAAGGCAUGUGAUGUCUUAGAAGAUGAGUGCACUUGUAGCCAUCAAUGAUGGGCAUCUGUACGUCCAUGAGAAUGAUAUCUGGCUUCUGUUUGAUACCUUUUUGAACACUGGCGAGGUAUUCCAGGGCUUCCUUGCCGUUCCAGGCAGCCGUCACUUGGAAACCGAGUUUGCCAAUGGUUUUCGUAGCAAUCUUCUGGUUGAUAGGACUUGGACUGGUCAGCUUGAUAGUGUCUUCCGGAGUCAUCU